UUUUUUUUUAAGACAAGGUCUGGCUCUGUUGCCCAGGUUGGAGUGUAGGAGGGCGAUCUCAGCUCACUGCAGCCACAACCUCCCUGAGCUCAGGUGAUCCUCCCACCUCAGCCUCCCAAGUAGCUGGGACCACAGGUGCACAUCACUGUACCCAGCUAAUUUUUGUAAUUUUUUUUUAAGGGAUGGAAUUUCACCAUGUUGCCUAGGUGGGUCUUGAACUCCUGGGCUCAAGGGAUUCACCCACCUAAGCCUCCCACAGUGUUGGGAUUAUAGGUAUGGGCCACCAUGCCUCACCCCAGAGACUAUUUUUAAGACUAGUUUUAGGUUCUCAGAAAAAUGGAGAAGAUAGAGAUUUCCCAUAUCCCUCUGACCCCAUACACGCAUAAGCUCCCCAUGAUCCCCCACCAAAGUUGUACAUUUGUUAGAACUGAUGAACCUAUGUUGACAUUAUCGUCAUUGGAUUCUCAUUAUCAUCCAAAGUCCAUAUUUUACAUUAGGGUUCACUCUUGGUUCUUUACAUUCUAUGGGUUCAGACAAGUAUAUAAUAACAGGUAUUCACCAUUAUAGUAUCAUACGGAGUAUUUUCACUGCCCUAAAAAUCCUUCUGGGCUUUGCCUGCUCAUUCCUCUCUUACUCCUAAUUCCUGGCAACCACUGAUACUUUUGCCUUUUCUAGAAUAUCAUAUAUUUGGAAUCAUACAGUAGAUAGCCUUUUCAGAUAGAUUUCUUUCACUUAGUAAUAUGCACUUAAGUUUUCUCCAGGUCUUUUUUGGCUUGAUAGCUCAUUUCUUUUUAGUGCUGAAUCAUAUUUCAUUGUCUUAAUGAACCACAGUUUAUUUAGCCAUUCACCUACAGAAGGACAUUUGGUUGCUUCCAAGUUUUGGCAAUUAUGGAUAAAGCUGCUAUCAACAUCCAUAUACAGGUUUUCAUGUAGACACUCCCUCAGCACUGGACAGCCGAGACCACGAAGGACUUGGGACCCUUUCUAGUACUUUUCUCAGGAGAUGAAUUAAGCUCUAUAGCCACAAAGUUUCCUGAGAUCCUUCUGCAAGCAGCUUCCAAGAUGGCCAGGACCCUGCCCCCUAAAGAAUUCCUCUGGGCUGUCUUUCAAUCUGUUCGCAACAGCAGUGAUAAGAUCCCCAGCUCUGACCCUAUGCCUGGUUGCCAUGGAGUCGUGGCCCCCUCUUCUGAUGACAUCUUCAAGUUGGCCGAAGCCAACGCCUGCUGGGCCCUGGAGGACCUGCGGUGCAUGGAGGAAGACACAUUCAUCAGGACUGUGGAACUGCUGGGAGCUGUCCAGGGUUUCAGCCGGCCUCAGCUGAUGACCCUGAAGGAGAAAGCAAUACAGGUUUGGGACAUGCCAUCUUACUGGAGAGAACACCAUAUCGUCUCCCUGGGGCGCAUUGCUCUGGCUCUUAAUGAGAGUGAGCUGGAGCAGCUGGACCUCAGCUCCAUAGACACUGUGGCUUCCCUAAGCUGGCAAACAGAAUGGACCCCGGGACAGGCUGAAUCCAUUUUGCAAGGGUACCUGGAUGAUUCAGGAUACAGUAUCCAGGACCUGAAGAGCUUUCAUUUGGUAGGACUUGGUGCAACCCUGUGUGCUAUAAACAUCACUGAAAUCCCACUUAUAAAGAUCUCAGAAUUCAGGGUGGUAGUGGCCAGAAUUGGGACCCUGCUCUGCAGCACACAUGUCUUAGCCGAGUUUAAGAGGAAGGCUGAAGUUGUGUUUGGGGAUCCCACUGAGUGGACCAGUUCUGUCUUGCAGGAGCUUGGGACCAUUGCAGCUGGAUUAACUAAGGCAGAGCUCCGGAUGCUUGACAAGGAUUUGAUGCCAUAUUUCCAGCCAUCAGCAAUAAAAUGCCUUCCUGAUGAGAUAUUCAAAGAGCUGUCCGCGGAGCAGAUCGCCUCCCUGGGUCCGGAGAACGCCGCGGCGGUGACCCACGCCCGGCGCCGGCGGCUCAGUCCACUGCAGCUGCAGAGCCUCCAGCAGGCGCUAGAUGGCGCCAAGACUCACUCCUGGCAGGACGCGCCCGCUAGCGCCGGUCCCACUAGAACCUCAUCCUCGCGUUCUCCCGCAGGAGCUCUCCAGUCGUGGGGUCUUUGGCUUGGUUGUCCCCUGCUGGUUCUAAUGGCCAAGCUCCUGUGGUGAGUGGCCUGAGCGCAUCGUCCUGUGUUGCCCCAAGCAGCUGGCCAACGUGUGUAGAGACAGGAUGCUCCAGAUGGUGGGACACCGUUCCCUGGAUCCAGACCCUCAUCUAGGGCAGGGAAACCCUGGGGCCUUGAUGGUGAAAAUGCACCCCAAAUGAAAAAUAAUUAUUAAAAAUGAUCUUGCAAAUUAUUUUUAAUUUUUUUAAAUUUUAAUUUUCGUUAGUACAUAGUAGGUAUAUAUAUUUAUGGGGUACAUGAGAUGUUUUGAUACAGGCAUGCGAUGUGUAAUAAUCACAUCAUGUAAAAUGGGGUAUCCAUUACCUCAAACCUUUAUCCUUUGUGUUACAAACAAUCCAACUGUACUCUUUUAGUUAUUUUAAAAUGUGCGAUUAAAUUACUAUUGACUAUA